UUCCCAUAUAGUUCAUUUCUGUAUUUUUCUUCUCUGUGACUGAGUUCUUGAAUUUCUGAAGAGCCCAUCCAAUAGCCAAUGGAAUGGCACAGACGGUUUUAAGAAGAGAGUGGAGUAGGAGUCAGUGAUUCCAGUGGUUUCCGACCAAAGACCCUACCUUUUCCUUUUCAUUUGUUUAUAUUGUUUUCAUCUUUUUUCGAACUCCUACUCCCCUGUAAGACAAGUUUGCAAGGACAAGAUCUUCUGUACCAUUGAUGAGUUUCGUAUCUGAAAAUAUUUACUGCAGAGGUGAUAAAGCAACCCUGAAUAAUCUCUAAUCUGGGGUUUCCUCUUUUUUCUUUUUCAGAGAGAGAGAGAGAGAGAGAGCUAAAGAAUUAACAGGUGCAUGCGUGAUAUCCCAUUUCCCAUAAGAGAGAAAACCGGACCCUCAUGUACCUAAACUUGAAAAGAAAGCUGUGAUCUUUUGUUUUUAUGUGUUUCCUUUCUUCUGGGUUUUGCUGCAGAAGAGGACUUUGGCUUGAGUUUUCGAAGUGAACAGAGGUACAAAAGCGAUGGAAAUAUCGAAUUGGAACCCCUGUUUCCUUCCACAAGAAACCUAUUUUCUUUCUGAUUUUCUGCUUUGAAACAUAGCAUUCUUUGAGGUUUCAUAUAAUUUUGGGGUGGAAAUUGGUGAAUAUUCGAAUUUUCUUUUCAUUUUCGUUCACCUUCUCCCCUUUCCGCCUCCUUCUCUGCCUUCAAACUGGUUCUGCAUCUUCCUGUAAGAUGGUCUGAGGAGAAGUUUUUGCAUGGGACAGACCGGUCUAUCAGAUUCAGGACCCUCAAAUCAACAUAUGCCAUAUGCAGUCUUCCCUGGGAUCGGCCCUUCUGCAACCAAUUUCAUUAAUCAACAAGGAUCUCCGUUUGAUUUUGGAGAGUUGGAAGAGGCCAUCAUUCUUCAAGGAGUUAAGCUUGGUGAUGAAUCCAAAAAACCUUUUUUUACAAACAGGCCCGCUGCUACUCUGGAGAUGUUUCCAUCAUGGCCAAUGAGAUUUCAGCAAACUUCAAGAAGGAGUUCAAAGUCGGGAGGAGAGAGUAGUGGUGAUUCAGGGUCAGCUAAGAAUACUCUUUCCUGUAAAGUAGAUGCUCAGUUGGAACCAGAAUCUUCUAUCACAAACAAGGCAUCAGAUCAGUUUAUUGACCAGAAGCAGCUUCAGCAACAACAGCAAGUAGAGAUGGCAAGUGGUAACUCCAGAAUAGGACCAACAUCAAAUCAACAAGCCAAGCCACUGGAAAAGACGCUGAGACGUUUAGCUCAGAACAGAGAAGCAGCAAGGAAGAGCCGACUGAGAAAAAAGGCUUAUGUGCAGCAGCUAGAGUCUAGCAGGAUAAAGCUUACUCAACUAGAACAAGAUCUCCAACGAGCCAGAGCUCAGGGUAUGUUCUUGGGAGGUGGUGGCAGUGGUGUUAUUACAGGAGGAAACAUCAGCACCGGUGCGGCAAUGUUCGAAAUGGAAUAUGGGAGAUGGUUAGAGGAUGACCAGAGGCACAUGUCGGAGCUCCGGACAGGUUUACAGGCUCACCUAUCGGACGGUGACCUCAGGUUGAUAGUGGAUAGAUAUCUUGGCCAUUACGACGAGAUUUUCCGGCUCAAGGGAGUUGCCGCCAAGUCCGAUGUCUUCCACCUUGUUACCGGAAUGUGGACAACUCCGGCGGAACGGUGCUUCCUCUGGAUGGGCGGCUUCCGUCCCUCCGAACUCAUUAAGAUAUUGAUGGCACAGAUGGAGACAUUAACGGAACAGCAGCUUAUGGGGAUAUACAGCUUGCAGCAUUCGUCACAGCAAGCGGAGGAGGCGCUGACACAAGGAAUGGAGCAGCUCCAACAGUCUCUCGCCGACACAAUCGCCUCUGGCCCUCUCUCCCUCGGCGACGGAGCCACCACCAACUCUAACAAUAACAACGUCGGUAACUACAUGGGCCAGAUGGCACUCGCUCUCGCCAAACUCUCAAACCUCGAAGGCUUCGUCCGCCAGGCUGAUAAUUUGAGACAGCAAACACUUCACCAGAUGCGCCGGAUUCUAACUGUCCGACAGGCGGCACGAUGUUUUCUGGCGAUCGGCGAGUACUACAACCGGUUAAGAGCUCUUAGUUCUUUAUGGACAACCCGUCCUCGAGAGGAUGAUAGCUCAUGCCAAACCACUACAGAGUUGCAGAUGGUCCAACCCACCCACCUUCAUUUUUCAAACUAUUGAUCAAGACCCCUAAUGAGAAGACAAUAUCUGUUUGAGCAAGCAAAGCAACUGGGAUAUCUGCUUUGUCUUCCCAUUGCCAUUGGAUAUCAUCAGACCAAACAAGAGGAGAGACAGAGAGUUGUUAAUUUCUUCUUGUCUUUUUUACCUUCCUUGUUAUUCACCUUCUUUUUCUUUUUAUAGUUUCAUUAUAAUAUCUUAGGAUGUAAAUGUGAUUAAUCAAGUUCAUGUGUCUUCAUGGAAGCUUCUAAUGAUUCUAUUUUA